GUGACGCUUCUGGAGAUGGAGAUACCACAAGUGGGGCAGCUGUGGCUGGGGAAAGUGCUGAUGCGAGCAGUACGCAUGAGGUUUCUGCUGAUGCAGGCCGAUGCUGCAUCCGAAGCUGGUGCAGGUUGCCCUGGCGAGGUACACGUGGAGUCCGCACUUGAGGAUGCCCUGCAGGAGGCUGUGGAGCCUGCAUUUGAUGAUGCCCUGGAGAAGGCUGUGGAGCCUCCACUUGAGGAUGCCCUGGAGAAGGACAAGGUGUCUCCCAAGCCUAGGAGCCCAUUGGUGUCUGAUCCGCCUGAUCUGCAUGAAGUCUUAGCUGGCCUAACACUGGAUGAAAUCGAUCUCAGUCAGCAUUCACAUGACCUUCUGGCUGAACAAGCGAAAUUGCGAAGUCGAGCACGCAAAGAUCAUCAGGAGAAGGGUGAAGAACCAAGCGGUCGUGGACGCGGGAAGGGCCGCGGCCGUGGCCGUGGCAGGGGUGGGACAAAACGUCCAAAGGAAGAACUUGAGCCGAAGGAACCAUCGGCAGCAUCCAGUUCUGUGGCCAAGAAGCAGAAACAUGAAAACAAGUCAGGUUGCAAAAGGACGCCCGAGUCAGUAGAGGAUAACAAGUUGGAUGGACAUGAUGAACCUUCUCAGAAGCCCCGGGCCCGAAAGCAGAAGAAAGCACAUGUCAUAGAUGCCGAAGAAGAGGAGCGCAUCAAGGCAACCAUUCCUUCCCUGCAGCACUACAAGGCCUUCAGGCCAAUGACCUUGAAGGCGGAAUGGGCUUCACGGAAUCUUGCGCUGCCUUCUGCGAUGCCCGAGUCAAGCUUCAACAGAAAUCGUUCCUGCUUGCCAAUCCUGGCUCUGAGGGUCCCAACGCUGGCUCCUAAGGAUGUGACGGUCUUCGACCUGUUUUGUGGAACAGGUGGCAUCCACCGAGCUCCUGUGCUGGACUUCCUUAAGAGUGAGAUCGCACUGGGCGCCUUCAAGCCUCGGGACACGUUGCCGCUGCGCAUUGAACCACUGGCAGCACAUGAAGUUGAUAUUUAUUUCAAGCAUUUGAACGCCCCCUGCAUCAAAAGGUGUUUGCAGGCUCAAGUUGCCCUUGGUGGAGAUCGUUUUGAUCCAGGAGCCAUGGGAAGGCCAAAGAAGGUUGCAGCACAACCACCUCCACAGGCAUUAGCCAAUCCAAAUGCGGCACAAGACUACCUAGCCAAAGCCAGAGUAGCAAAGAGUAAGAGGAAGAACGACACUGAUGUCACUACUGAUGAGCCAGUUCGUGUCAAGGCCAAACCUGGCGUGACACCGGAACCUAGCAGUUCACCACCCAAGGCUGUUUGUGAGUCAAAGGCAAUGCCUUCUGUGCGGGUGAGGGGAAAGUCUCCAGGUAGAAUUACAGCCCCACCCCCAGCAAAAGCUUCUUCAGUAGCCUCUCCAACCGUGACACCGGUGAAAGCUUCCCCAGCAGCGCCCCCAAGCCCUGCAAUCGCACCAGUCAAAGCAGCGCCUCCCACCCCUGCUGUGACCUCAAGCACACCUGCUAAGGCAUCUUCUGCUUUUGAUAGGGUCAAAGAUGUCCUGCAGAAAGCAAAGAACAAGCGGUUGGAAUCGGCAGCAGCAUGUGCACCAGCAGUGGCAGCAAAGGCACCGCAGAUCCCACCAAAAGCACCCCCAGGGUUGUCAAUCAAACCUCCACCACCGAAAACAAUUUCCAAGGAGAGCUUGGAGUCAAGUUUGCCUGACACCCCCAAAGCACCUGGCAGGGACACAAGCAGCGCUAUGCACUUGACGACACCCCCUGUCAAGGAACACGCAGUCACAGCCACUCCGCCUGAUACCAUUUCCACCGCUGAUACCUCUUUGGCUACCAGCCCUGUUGAACCAAAACAACUCGGGUGGGAAACAGAGGAAGAACCCUGGUACGACAGCCAACGUGACUACUUUGGGUCCAGGGGUGAAAGCUGGUGGUCCAACUGGGAUUGCUAUGGUGGACCCACUUGGUAUUAUGAUUCAUGGAAGAACAGAGAUGUCUACUGUUGGGGCCCCCAAAGUUGGGUUGUGGAUAGAAAAUCCACUUGGGAUUAUGGCAGUGGGGAUGCUCACAGCCCACGUGUCCCAUCACCAUCGGACAUGGAGGAGACCACCAGUCCUGAUAUCAGGUCAACCCUGGCAAAUCGCAUGCCUUCCUGGGUCAGUGUGGCAUCUGCCGCAAGUGAGGCCGGUGAAACGCCUGAGACCCCCAACACUGAUGGCCAAGAAGUCGACCAGCAGGAAGGGGCUGAACCUGCAGAGGAUGUGGAGAAUGGGACCGGGGAUAAGUGGCGGCUGGACAAGCAUGGGAAUCCCCUGAGCCCACCAGCAUUGUACAUGCGUACCAAGAACCCAGUUCCUGAAGAAAUCGCCCAGAAGAAGAUCGAAGCAGAAACCAGCAAAGAUGGGAAGAACAACAAGAUGCACGACUUGUACAUGCAGUUCCUGUCAUGCCGUGGCGUUUGGAACAAGUGCCAGUUGGUUGUCACUGCAACCAAAAGCCAUGAAUCUGAGCACCAGGAGCUCUACCAGUUCCUUCCCAGGUCAGGCCUGAUCCGGGAGCUUGGGACAGAAGAAUUGGCAGAUGACCUCAUCAGCAGGCACAAGGAUGCCGAGAACAGAUUGCCAUCCAAGAUGAAGAACAAGUACAUUAAACCGCAUCCUGAUUUCCCAGAUCGUGAGGAAUUGUGGAGAUAUAAAGUUUUUGUGUCCCACAGUGAAGCCAAAAAGACGAACCUCAAGACGUCCACUACUCUCCAACGAGAUGCUGAUGUUGAUGAGGAGGAUUGGCAUGAUGCUUUGAAUACAGCCAUGGAGGAUGCUGAUGUUGGACCAGGUAUGCCAACGCGUCGCAUCAAGACUCCCACCAAUGCUGCUGCUCCGAAGGAGAAGACGCCUGAGCAGAAGCUGUCACAAGUUUCCUGCCAUCAUGUGGGAUUCACUAGGAGUGAACACUUCAAGGAAGCUUUGAUGCGAGAUCUUCAGGCCUCUUCGAAGUCGCUCGACAAGCAGAAGGCCACUGCAGUCCAGAACCUCGUCAAGAAGCAGGACAUCGUACCAACUUUCGAUGCAACCCGGCUGAAUGCUUUGGAUGCCGAGCUGAAGUCAGUGAAAAAGGUGGUUGUUCUGAGAAGCCGAGCGCAGCGAAACCAGUUGACUAUGCAGCUCACCUGUGCCAUGGCU